UCCGCGCAUCCAUUGUUGGGCAAUAACAGUCCGCGACAUCGAAACGGCCUGAACCGAAACUUUUCCAGGGAACUAACUACCGAACGGACUUUUCUCCCCCACACACACGCCAACUCUGCGAUAUAUGCGUUUCAGGGGACGUUUGCUCUAAAGCAGCCAGUUUAGCGCAACUACACUGAGACCGUUGAGGGAAGGGAAGGGAGGAAAACUUGUGAGGGAAGGAAUUCGGAAACUCGUUCCUCCAUUUUGAACUUUUAAACUCCAGCUUUUCUGGUGGAUUGUUGUUGAAUUCCAGACACCAUGACAAGCAUCAACACAGCAAACAUAAAUUUUAAAUGGGACCCAAAGAGUCUGGAGAUCCGCACUCUGGCUGUGGAGAGGCUGUUGGAGCCCCUAGUCACCCAGGUCACCACUUUGGUAAACUCCAGCAACAAAGGCCCAUCUAACAAGAAGAAGGGACGCUCCAAGAAGGCUCAUGUUUUGGCGGCCUCAGUGGAGACUGCUACUCAGAACUUCCUCGAGAAAGGAGAGAAAAUUGCAAAGGAAAGCCAGUAUCUUAAGGAGGAGCUGACUGCUGCUGUGGAAGAUGUUCGCAAGCAAGGUGAUUCUAUGCGACAGGCUUCUGGAGAAUUUGCAGAAGACCCCUGUUCCUCUGUGAAGAGGGGCAAUAUGGUUCGUGCUGCCAGAGCCCUCCUGUCAGCAGUCACGCAUCUGUUGGUGCUGGCAGACAUGUCUGAUGUCUACAACCUUCUACUGCAACUGAAACUGGUGGAAGACAGCCUUGUGAAAGUCCGUAACGCUGGAACAGAGCAAGACCUGGGAAUCCAAUAUAAGGCCCUAAAACCUGAAGUGGACAAACUGAACAUAAUGGCGGCCAAGAGGCAACAGGAGCUGAAAGAUGUCCACCACAAGGACCAAAUGGCUGCUGCUCGUGGAGUGUUGCAGAGGAACAUCCCCAUGCUUUACUCUGCGUCUCGCGCCUGCCUGCAGCACCCUGAUGUGGCAGCCUACAAGGCUAACCGUGACCUGAUCUACAAGCAGCUGCAGCAUGCAGUGUCGGGCAUUUCCAACGCCGCCCAGGCCACUGCAACUGAAGACUCAGCACUCAAUCAGCCAGCAGGGGGUGGAGAGCUUGCCUAUGCCCUUAACAAUUUUGAUAAACAAAUCAUUGUGGACCCUCUAUCGUUUAGUGAGGAGCGCUUUCGCCCCUCCUUGGAGGAGCGCCUUGAAAGCAUUAUUAGCGGCGCUGCCCUGAUGGCUGACUCUUCAUGCACACGUGAUGACCGCAGGGAGCGCAUUGUGGCUGAAUGCAAUUCUGUGCGCCAGGCUCUUCAGGACCUUCUGUCUGAGUAUAUGGGCAAUGCGGGAAGAAAGGAUCGUAGUGAUGCUCUGAACACUGCCAUUGACAGAAUGACAAAGAAGACCAGAGACCUUCGCAGACAGCUGCGUAAAGCUGUAAUGGACCAUGUCUCUGACUCUUUCCUGGAGACCAAUGUACCCCUUUUGGUUUUGAUUGAAGCUGCCAAGAAUGGAAACGAGAAAGAAGUCAAGGAAUAUGCACAAGUGUUUCGUGAGCAUGCCAACAAGCUGAUUGAGGUUGCCAACCUGGCAUGCUCUAUUUCAAAUAAUGAAGAGGGAGUGAAGCUGGUUCGCAUGGCGGCAUCUCAGCUGGAAACUCUUUGCCCACAGGUGAUUAAUGCUGCGCUAGCUCUUGCUGCCAAGCCCAACAGUAAGGUGGCCCAGGACAACAUGGAUUUGUUCAAGGACCAGUGGGAGAAACAGGUCCGCGUCCUAACUGAUGCUGUUGAUGACAUAACAUCCAUUGAUGACUUUCUUUCCGUAUCUGAGAACCACAUCCUGGAGGAUGUGAAUAAGUGUGUCAUCGCUCUGCAGGAGAAAGAUGUUGAUGGUUUGGAUCGCACUGCUGGAGCUAUUCGAGGCCGCGCCGCCAGAGUUGUGCAUGUAGUCACAUCUGAAAUGGACAAUUAUGAACCAGGAAUUUACACAGAGAAGGUCUUGGAAGCCACCAAGCUCCUCACUGACACAGUCAUGCCACGCUUUACAGAGCAAGUGGAGUCUGCAGUGGAGGCUUUGAGUUCAAACCCUUCACAACCUAUGGAUGAGAAUGAGUUCAUUGAUGCAUCCCGCCUGGUCUAUGAUGGUAUUCGUGACAUUCGUAAGGCUGUUCUGAUGAUCAGAACUCCAGAGGAGUUGGACGACUCUGACUUUGAGACUGAGGACUUUGACGUUCGCAGCAGGACCAGUGUUCAGACAGAGGAUGACCAGCUUAUUAACGGCCAGAGUGCACGUGCUAUCAUGGCCCAGUUGCCCCAGGAGCAGAAGGCAAAAAUUGCAGAACAGGUGGCUAGUUUCCAGGAAGAGAAGAGCAAAUUGGAUGCAGAGGUGUCCAAGUGGGAUGACAGCAGCAAUGACAUCAUUGUCUUGGCUAAGCAGAUGUGCAUGAUCAUGAUGGAGAUGACCGACUUUACCAGGGGUAAGGGACCACUGAAGAAUACUUCUGAUGUAAUCAGCGCUGCUAAGAAAAUUGCCGAGGCAGGAUCAAGAAUGGACAAGCUGGGUCGCACCAUCGCAGACAAUUGCCCUGACUCCUCCUGCAAGCAGGACCUCCUUGCCUAUCUGCAGCGUAUUGCCUUGUUUUGCCACCAGCUCAACAUCUGUAGCAAAGUCAAGGCUGAGGUCCAGAACCUUGGGGGAGAGCUGGUCGUCUCAGGGUUGGACAGUGCCAUGUCCCUGAUUCAGGCAGCAAAGAACCUGAUGAAUGCAGUGGUGUCCACCGUCAAAGGAUCGUAUGUCGCUUCUACUAAAUACCAGAAGAGCAAAGGCAUGGAGGCCCUCAAUAUGCCAGCCGUCUCCUGGAGGAUGAAAGCUCCUGAGAAGAAGCCUCUGGUGAAGAGAGAGAAGCAGGAUGAUGGCCAAACCAACAGAGUCAAGAGAUCCUCUCAAAAGAAGCAAGUCAACCCGGUGCAGGCCCUGAGCGAGUUCAAAGCCAUGGAUAGCAUCUAGAGCCGAAUUCCAGAUCAAUGAGUUUUUAUAUAGAUUACGUUUGUUCUAUCAAAGAAAAUGUAACAUUUUACUAUCUUUUCAUAGAUAGCUUCUCUGUUUGACCUAUAUACACAGCAAUGUUUCUAUUCCCUACAGUCAUAUAUGAUCAAGUCUGAAACUGUCUCUUUUCUCUAGAAAAUACAGUUGGAGGGUAAUUGACUGGACUAAGUGUUAUGUAUAUUGUUUUCUUUUUCUUGAGGAAAGAGUGGAUUUUAUUUACAUCAUAGGAUAUAGGUCCAAGAGGUUUUUGAUUUUGAAUUCUAACCAGUUUAAUAGUUAUACACUGGGGUGUUUGUAAUGUCUGAUCAUCGCAAAAUACAUUCUGUACUGCAAAUAUCAACUAUGCAAUCAACUGCCUUACUUUAACUCCAGUAAUAUAUGUAGUUCAUUUGCUUGUGCUGGUCUAACUGGUAAGAUUUCAAUGUUUUGGUCCAACCUUAAAGGUGUCUUUAGUUACAUGAGUGCCUGGGGUUUUAGAACUUUAUAUACGUCAUUUGCUGUGGUACUCUUAAGAUUUGCCACAACAAAGCAAACUGACCUUAAACACUAUUUUCAGUGCUGUAUGACUGAUUUCUGUCCCUGUCAUGAGCUUGGAAAUGCCAUUUCCUUAAAAAUUAAACAUCUCAGAUUAUAUUUUUCUAACAUAUCUCUUUUUCAAGUUGAACACAAUAUGACAAACCAAAGGUGAUAGCGCUCUGUCACGUGCGCAAUCCUCCACUUGACACAUGCAGAUCCACCCAGUUCAAUCAAAGUUUAUUGUUUUUUUUGUUUUUUUUUUAUAUAUAUAUAUAUAUAUUCCUCAAUGUGGCCAGGGACAACCUCGUAGGGUAAUCGAUGAGUGGACCAUGUGUCGGUACUCUCCAGAGCAGACAAGCUUCAUUAGCUGUCAGUGAGACCAAGUCGCCUCCACAGUAUAACAUUGUGUUCAAACUGAGGGAUCAAUAUGUUUUUCCUCUGCAGCUUGUCUAUAGGUAAGGGAAGCAGGGGAUCUAAACUGCUUAUUGUUUGUAUUUGCUGUCCUAAAGCUGGACCACUAAUCAAGGUUUUAUGUUGUGUACAAUUGUUAUAAAAGCCUAGAAACCUGUUUCCCGCUGUUGGAGCUUUAAAAUAUGUAUUUCUAAUUCAGGUAACAAGUGGUAGAGUUUCUAUGCGCAGCUCGUUUUGCAGUCAUUCACAGCUCUGUGCUGCGUAGUGGUGCAUUGGUACAGCCAGGCUUUGGAUUUCUACUGUUCUAGAGGCUGAGCCUUUGCCUGUUUGACAUCUGGGAACUGUAGCAGGAUAUGCUCGUGUGACGAUUUGACAGAUGGAUGUUUUUGACUGGAGAAACGAGCAUUUCAGGAGUGUUUUUCACUACGUUUGUCUUUGUAUUAGAAUUUGGUUUUUGAUCUGUGGUGGUAUCGCACUACUUUUGCUGUGGAGGCUUUGGUGUUAUUAGUGCAAACAUACUCAUGUGCCUGCUUUAUAUCUUUAAUAAACAACUGAAAUAAAA